AUGUUUUUUCGUCCGAAUUGUAUUAUAAUGCAUUCUCGUGCUUAUCUUCUUAUUAAACGUGAUUUAUUACUAUUAGAAUCAUAUCCAAUAAAUGGUAUUGAACUUGAAAAAACUAAGAGUGAGAAUUGUUUUGAUGUAACAUUAAAUAUUCGUCCAAAUAGACAUUCAUUAUGGUCUGGUUGUAUAUUUCGUGUUCAAUUAUUGUUCAAUGCUACAUAUAAUUUUCAACCACCAUUAAUUCAAUUUGAAUCAUUUAUUCCUUAUCAUCCAAAUAUUGAUCCUAUUACUGGACGUGCUAAACUUUCAUGUAUUGAGAAAUGGAAUUCUCAUUACACAUUAAUAUCAUUAUUAGAUGAAUUAGUAAAUAUAUUUAUCGUACCAAAUGAACAUACAGUUAUAAAUUCAGAUGCCAUGCGAAUGUUAAAACAUCGUCCGGACGAUUAUCAUUUGAUUAUAGAAGAUUGCAUACAAAAAAGUCAGUUAUUUCAAUCGACAGAUGACAAAAGACUAAACAAUACCGCAAUGCACUCAUUGGAUUCUACUAAAGACAAUAACAAUGUGAUAGCGAAAAAAUUUCAUUAUCGUUCUCAUGUGACAAUGACAAGACCUCACAGCCAUCAGCAUAAAAUAUCAUUUGAAGAUUAUUAUAAUACAUGGAAAGGUAUCGCUACAUCAAAAUCAAAAAUUAAUGAUGAAAAUCCUUUAUUAACAACAAUGAGUUUACAUCCAAAAUUACAAGCACAACAUCUUGCUUUAAGACCAUGGGAAUUAGCUCGACAACUAGAUGAACGAGCAUUACAAUUUGAUCGUUUAAAAUAUGGAAAUUUAACAGAUCAAAAAUCAAAAAAACUAAAACAAUUAAAAUAUAAAAAACAAUCAUAUUUAACCCAUGAAUCGUUGAAUUCUCUUCAUCAACGACCAACAACAGCAAAGGAACAAGGAAAUGAAUAUCAUAUUAAUGAUAAUAUUGAUAAGAAGAAUAAGGAAGUAACAGAACUAAUUGAGUGGACGGAAGGUUUAUCGGACGAAUAA